CUCUGUCUCUGUCUCUCGCUCACCAACCCACUUCCCUUCUGUGCUGAAAUUACGUAUCUUUCUCUCUCCUUCUAUAUCGAGACCUCCGGGUCUCCAGAUUUUUAGGGUUCCGAUUUUAUAAAUUCCUAAGACUUGUUGUGGUCGCCUGUUUCCGCUUACCGAGUUUUUCCUAUCGCUCUCGAGCUUAUUUGACCGGAGAGCGCCGCUUGACCAUUUUCGAUCUCUUCUCUCGACAACUCAGUUCCGAAAACCAGAGAACUUGAGAUAUCAGGCGCCGGAACGAGGAAAAGAGGAAUCUUUUUGAGUUCCUUGGUUUCCUUGUUCUCAUCUUCGAUUUAAUCGCCUUUUUUAAAACCUUGCAUCGGCUUCUCCGCCUCCGGGAACCCUAAAGUUCGGAUCUUAAUCUCUGCCUCCUCUGUUCCGAUCGCUUGGAAAUAUGAUUUGCUCUUUGAAGCAAUCCGCAGCGGCCUUCGCUGUCGCCGAUUUCGUCCGAUCCAAAUCCCCGGCUCCAAGAUCGCAGCUUGCGAUCCUUCCUUCCAUCUGCGCGGUAAAAAACCCUAAGCUCUCCGUUUCCUCGCGGAAACCCCUGUAUCUCGCCUCUCCAGAUGGCUCUGGCUUUGGUUACCGCGAUGGAGUCCUCUCGGACACGAAGCCCCGGGGGCUCGGCUUCAAGCGCGAGGCCUACCAGGCCGAUAGGUCGGAGAACGUGGAGAUUUCCCAUGGCGAGACGCGCUCGGCCGCCGGUCAGAAGGUAAAGAUCGGGAUCUACUUCGCCACCUGGUGGGCUCUCAACGUGGUGUUCAACAUCUACAACAAGAAGGUCCUCAAUGCCUUCCCCUACCCCUGGUUCACCUCCACCCUCUCCCUCGCCACGGGUUCCGUCAUGAUGCUGGCCUCCUGGGCCACAAGGAUCGCCGAGGCCCCCAAGACCGACUUCGACUUCUGGAAAACCCUCUUCCCGGUGGCAGUGGCUCAUACGAUCGGGCAUGUGGCAGCGACGGUGAGCAUGUCGAAGGUGGCAGUGUCAUUUACUCACAUAAUUAAGAGUGGAGAGCCAGCAUUCAGCGUGUUGGUGUCCAGGUUUCUGCUGGGAGAGAGAUUUCCUUUGCCGGUUUAUCUGUCUCUUGUGCCGAUUAUUGGUGGUUGUGCUCUUGCCGCGGUCACAGAGCUCAAUUUCAACAUGACUGGUUUUAUGGGUGCAAUGAUAUCCAAUCUGGCAUUUGUGUUCCGGAACAUCUUCUCCAAGAGGGGGAUGAAGGGGAAGUCGGUCAGCGGGAUGAACUAUUAUGCUUGCCUCUCACUGCUGUCGCUCUUCAUACUCAUACCUUUUGCUGUUGCAGUUGAAGGCCCACAGAUGUGGGCUGCUGGCUGGGAGAACGCACUUUCACAGAUUGGUCCCCAAUUUGUCUGGUGGAUUGCAGCCCAGAGCGUCUUCUACCACUUGUACAACCAGGUUUCCUAUAUGUCCUUGGAUGAAAUCUCUCCCUUGACAUUUAGUAUUGGUAACACCAUGAAGCGGAUAUCUGUCAUUGUCUCUUCCAUCAUAAUCUUCCACACACCUGUCCAACCCAUCAAUGCACUUGGAGCUGCCAUCGCUGUCCUUGGGACUUUCUUGUACUCCCAGUCAAAGCAGUAAGGUUCAAAUGAAUUGGAGGAUCCUGUAACAAGAUCGGUUUUAUGCACUGCUGCUGUGAGGUAAUGACGGUGGCCAACUCGAUUUUUGGGCAGGGUUCAGCAGCAGCUUCUUGUAUUACGUAAUGAACUAUCACAAGUGAUAGAAUAACCAUUGCUGUUUUUCCCUGAAUCAUUGGUAUGAUGAUCAUACACAAACCUCUUCUUUUUUGAACCACCAGCUCAGUGUAGUUUGACAUAAUGGUUGGAUGUAAUUCGACAUUGUUUGGUUCUGUGAGGCCAACUUUAUAUUGGACAGCUUUGCUUGCACAAUUAUUUAUUUA